CUCUCUCCUGCUGCCAUGAGCAACCUUGAGAAAACUCUUUUCCAACUCAAGUUCACGGCUAAGACUCUAAAUCGACAAGCGAAGAAGGCGCAGAAAGACGAGAAUACAGAGAAGGCUCGUUUAAAGAAGGCACUACAACAAGGAAAUAACGAGGGUGCGCGGAUCUAUGCCUCCAAUGCCAUCCGGAAGAAGAGUGAAUCUCUAAAUCUGCUCCGACUAUCGAGCAGGAUAGACGCUGUAGCCAGUCGGGUGGAGACUGCGGUUACGAUGAGACAAGUAACGGGGAACAUGACAUCGGUGGUGCGUGGAAUGGACAAGGCGAUGGAGAGCAUGAACCUGGAAAGGAUAUCGAUGGUCAUGGACAAAUUCGAAUCACAGUUUGCUGAUCUGGAUGUGCAAACGUCCUAUAUGGAGGAUGCAAUGGGUUCCACGACGGCCGUCUCAACGCCACAAGAUCAAAUUGACCAACUCAUGCGACAAACGGCCGAGGAAGCGGACAUCGAGCUUCAACAUGACCUAGCCGCCAAGGAUCUCGACGCUGUUCCCGAUUUAGCACCUCGUGAGAAGAUUGGAGAAGAGGACACCAAACUAGCUGAACGAUUGAGAGCUCUCCGGCCGGCCUGA